AUGGUGGGCAAGCGUAUCAGCCUGGAGAGAAACAUCCCCACGGCCAACAAGCAGGAACUUUCCGAAACCCUGGAGCGCACGGCUUUAUGCUCAUUCUUUGCCAUGGGCAAGUGCUUGAGGGGGAAGGACUGCAAGUUCGCCCACGAGGUGGCUCAGAUUAGGCCUAAGCCAGAUCUGACCCGGACCAGCCUAUGCCACGACUUCAUGCGCAAGGGCUCCUGCAAGAGCGGGAACAAAUGCAAGUACGCUCACGGCGAAGCACAGCUACGGGGACCCGGCAAAGAGCAGACUCUUCCACCGAAGCCGCGCACCGUGGGAUCUCCUCUGCUUUGGGAUCCACUGGGUUUGGACGAAGGUAGCAAGGAGCUCAACGAGCUCAAGGAGCUCAAGGAGCCCAUAGCGCCGGUGAGCACUCUGAUCCCCGUGCUGCAGAGGCUCAUGGGCAAGCGCACUCCACAGAAGACGCCGCCGAAGACCAUGAGCACUCCUCUGGCUCCCGUGGAGGAACAGAAGCCGGCUCAGAUCAGCCAACCUGGUCCGACUGCGCUGGGAAACGACUUCCUUGCCCAGGCACUCCCGGAAGCCUUGUCCAGCCACCCGUUCAAGGUUGUCCUGCGAGCAGAUGGCCAGAUCACUUGUGCUGAGGCCGUUGAUGUCUACCCAGGAAUUCCCAAGGACUUGGCAUUUCCCAUUCAUGUCAAGAACACGUUCUUGGACUUUGACACGGAGAUUCCGCCUUGCGACUUCGUUCGGUUCUGCACGGAGCCAGCAGAUCUUGGUAGAGUCUUUGCCAGUUUUCAGCUAUGGUGCCUUGGUGGUUGCCUGAAGAUCGGUUCGGUACAAUCGGAGGCUGAGAAGCUGAAGCCAAAGCUUGCCGCGGAGGGUGCCAUCACCGUGGCAAAGUCAAUGAUUCGAGAGCUUGUCGACAGGGCUGCGGAGAUCAAGGAUCCCAAAGAGAAGAGAGAGGCAUUGGAUAAAGUCGUGAUGCUCAGUGACAGCUCGCAGAGCCUAGCCAGCAGCGUCGCAGCUGAUGUUGAAGUAGGCACACCAGUCUACGAUGGCCCUCUCAGAUACAAAACACUUGAGCAGAUGUUCGAUGUGUAUCUGGACGGCGUCAUGGACAACCUGCAGCAGAACACGAAAGCCAUGAUGCAAGCCUUUACCGGUGGAGAGGAGUCGGGAACAUCGGUUGCAGAGAUGACGGCGAGGGCUGAGCAAGCGGAGAAAGCUCAGAGCACCUUGGCCGCGAUCUUCAAAAUCUCGGAUGGGAAGGUUCAGAAGCUGGUGGAGAAGAAGGCUGAGAAGGUUCAGAAGGAUCUGCUGGGCGGUAUUCUGAGCGGCGAGGCCUGA